AUGUUAGCUGAAGGUAAGGCUGGAUACUCACGUGGUAUUACAACUGCUGUCAGAAUUCGACCUUUUUCUGCCAAUGAACUCCGAAUGAGAAAUAGCGUUCAGGCUGUCCAAUGUCCACAACCUGGUAAAGUUAAAUGUACAAGGCGAGACUGUCGUCCCAUUGAAUUUUGCGUUAAUCACACUUUCUGGUCAUUUGGCGAUGAAUCAAUAGAAGAAAAAAAUGAAAGUCAAAAAGAAGUCUAUGAAACACUUGCUUUGCCUCUAUUAGAAAAGGCCCUUGGUGGUUAUAAUGCUUGUUUAUUUGCUUAUGGUAUUACAUCUUCUGGUAAAACCCAUAGCAUGCAUGGUUCACCUGAAUACCCGGGUAUUGUUCCGCGAAUUGUUUUCGAUCUGUUUUCUCGGACGAAAGGAGGAGAUCAAAGUGGUGUUUAUGAACUUAAGUUCAGCUACUUCGAAAUCUACAAUGAAAGGAUAUAUGAUCUUCUUAUCGAUAACCAUUAUCAAAAAUCACUAAUCAUACGCGAAGACCCAAUAAAAGGACCCUACGUACAAAACCUUACUAUGCCCACCGUAACAUCCCCGGAAGAAGUUUAUGAAUGGCUAAGGCAAGGCGACGCCCGUCGAAAAUUUGCUGAAACCGACUUUAACUCACAGAGUUCUCGAUCCCAUUCGAUAGUUGACAGUUCGAAGGGGACAUUAUUGGAGAAUGUUUUAAGUAGCAAGCUGAAUCUAGUCGACUUAGCGGGAUGCGAGAGACAGUCUUGGACAAGUUCUAUUGGUGAAAGACUCACAGAGGCUUGUCAGAUCAACAAGUCUUUAUUUACUCUCGGCUUGGUUAUAUCACAGUUGAGUGGGGAAUAUAAUCAGAUGUUCCAUUCAAAAUCCUGUGUCCGUCUAAGUCAUCCAAGAGCUACUUCCGAACCUCGAACUCCGUCACCUCGAAUGACAAAUUUAUCUUCACUUCGAGGUCGCAGACAAACAACUGCACAUGUAUCCUAUCGCGAUUCCCUUCUAACUCGAAUUCUGAAAGAUUCGCUUGGUGGGAAUUCUGUCACUACUAUGCUGGCCACUAUAUCACCUUCCUCUCUUCGGAUCGAUGAUACAAUUUCAACCCUCCAAUAUGCCAUUCGAGCUAAAUCAGUUUUUAAUAAAGCCAUCGUGAAUGAAGAUCCCAAGGGUCGCCUCAUUCGAGAACUGCGUGCAGAAAUUGCAGAUUUAAAGCGCGUUAUUCAAGAGGCUUCGAUGCCACAAAGUCCCUUUACAUCUCAUAUCAGGAGACUCCAAGCAGCUUUGUAUUCCCACGAAAGAACAAUCGAUGAGCUCAGAAAAGUAGGUUCCUUUCUGAUUACCCUUCUUUACCUGGUAUUUUUUAGUGGAACUCCCCUACGACGCAGAACCCGAAGCAUUGACAAUGAUGCCUCUUCUCAAAACUUUUUCCCCUUGAGUAGAGGAAGAGUAAAAAAGGAUUCAGGUAUUGAAACCGAAGAUUGUCUUGAACCAUUUGAAAGCAUCAGCUCGUCAUUGAGUACAAAUGAGGCUGUACAAUACCUUGACUUUGAGGAUGGUGACAAGCUUCAAUCAGGUCGCAAUGAGCUACAAAUUUAUGACAAAUCCACCUCAGUAGGUGAAGAUAAACAACUAUCAUCAAUGAAGAGAAUCAUUUAUCGAUCAGAAGCUAUUACCAGAAACAAUGCUUCAUCCAAUACUGAUGAUGACAUAAUAGUUUUGGAGAAAUCAAAGUUUUCUAGUAUGAUUGAAGAGAUCGCUGCAUUGAAGUCGAAACUCUCCAUGGCGGAAAAACAAGAAGAUAUGUUGAAAUCUCGUUUGGAUGUCAAAAAGCGAGGCGUCGCGUCUUCUACCAAUGAUCUCGGCUACCGGGUGAUUUCAGAGGACGAAUAUUCAUGUCUUGUGCAUGAGUAUAAUGAAAUGAGACAUCGAUUGAAGUAUCUCGAAUCAAGAAAAUUCUUAAAUCCUUCAACUCUAACAUUUGAUAAUUCGUCGGAAGAAAUUCGAUCGGAGCUCGAAGACAUUAUAGAAACUUCUGGUUUUUCGGAAAUUGGAUUAAAAUCGCCUAAUUUAGAAGUUGGCGAAUCUAAUUCAGCGGAUGUCAGUUUUCCUCAGAUUAAUAAUCCCCUGGAGGUGAAAUUUCUUGAAAGACGAAAACAACUUCUUGAAAAACGUGAUAUCCCCGAAAUUGAAUUCAGGCCCCGUCGUGAUGAAGAAGUCCUUUCCGAUGAAGAAUUUAACGGUGUCCUCUCUCGAAUCGAGGAACUUAAAAUGAAAUUAAGGAGAUUAGAAGAAGAGACGGCGACAGUUUUACCACAAUCGGAUGUUGAAAUCAUUGAAGAUCUCACCCACCAACCUCAGGAGAGAAUUCUCGCGACCACUAUUGUCAACAUUGUUGUCGUCGGUAGUAUAGCCUAUUGGUUAUAUAAAGAAAUAGAAGCAGAUGGUAAUAAACUUGCAGUCGAUUGUUCUAAACCUGGAGAAGUUAAAUGCAUGAAAACUGGCUCACAAUCUCUCUCUUUUUCUGUUGACCAUGUCUUUAACGACACUUAUCCUGUGAACUCGAACCAAAGUCAGAAAGACGUUUACGAAACUUUGGCCGUCCCAUUGCUACAAAAAGCCCUUCUCGGGUAUAAUGCCUGCCUUUUUGCCUACGGCGUUACAUCAUCGGGCAAAACACACAGUAUAUACGGAACUCCCUCUAGUCCUGGAAUCGUUCCUCGAAUUAUCGAGGAUUUAUUCGACUAUGUUCGUCAAAAGAAGGAGCACAAUGCUUCCUUUUCUGUCAAAUUUAGUUAUUUUGAAAUUUAUAAUGAGAAAAUUUAUGAUUUGCUGCAGGAUAAAAACCCUGCUCCUAAGUUGAGAGUCCGUGAGGACCCCUUAGAGGGACCAUAUAUUCAGGACCUUGUUCAACCAGUUGUCCAUUCUCCUGCUGAAGUGCAUGAUUGGUUACGAAAAGGAGAUUCAAGACGCAAAGUUGCAGCGACAGAGAUGAAUGCCAACAGUUCAAGAUCGCACACAAUCGUCUCGUUUUAUUUUACGAAGCGCGAGUUGGCCAGUUUUUCAAAGAAAGCGACAGUGGAGAGUGUGAUUAAGAGCAAGUUAAGUUUGGUUGAUCUAGCGGGAAGCGAAAGGCAAUCCUUAUAUAACAGCGUUGGAGAACGCCUUGCAGAAGCCUGUCAGAUAAACAAGUCGCUUUUUACCCUUGGAAGAGUAAUUUAUCAACUGAGUGCUGAACCGUCUUCCGGUUUUUCCGCAAAUUCAGCUACACCUCUAUCGUCAAAACGCAAAAACCACGUUUCCUAUCGUGAUUCUCUCUUAACUUGGAUACUGAAAGACAGUCUUGGAGGUAACUCAGUGACAACAAUGCUUGCAACUGUUUCACCUUCGUCUCUUCGCGCAGAGGACACGAUCUCAACGCUCCAGCACGUUAUUCGGGCAAAGCGGAUUGUUAAUCAAGCUAAGGUCAAUGAAGAUCCUUCUGGAGUUAUUAUUCGAGAACUAAAAGCUCAAGUAGAAAAACUCCAGCAAUGCCACAAGGAAGCCUCAACACCGAACAGCCCAUUGCAUGGACAAAUUAAAAGCCUCGAAAAUUUACUCAAAACGCGAGAAAGAGAGGUUGCCGAACUUACAAGGGAGUUAACAGAGCGCACACUGGAUUGUGAACGUCUGAAAGCUGAAGCUAUAUUACGGUCCACUUCAACUGAAACUAUAUCUCAAUCACUGUUCCCAGAUGACAUGGAUCCUGAUGACUUAGUUGAAACCCCAAUCAAACGACCUCGAUAUUGCGAUGAGAGGGAUAGUGGAGCUUAUUCUGAUAUCUCCCGACCAAUUCCCGAUGGAUCAGAAAAAAAUGACUUUUCGGUUCAGACCGACAGUAUUGCCAAAGCUGACGAUGUGACUACGAUCGAUUCCCUCUCCAGAACUGUUCUGAAUGAAGUCUCAUCUGCGCCUCUCCCAGAGUUCCACGAUGUUUCAAUGAACACCGAUGAGUUAUUUAAGACGAUUCCAUUAGAGGAGUAUGAAAAGCUCAUUUCUAAGAUUGAAGUACUUGAGACUUAUUUUAAAGUGGAGAAAGUAAACAAAUCAGUUGAGGCUAGAGAAGAAGAUUUUGGUCUUUGUGUCCUUCCAUCUGAGCAAAUUGAAGCCUUGAAUGGUAUGAUAAGGAAUCAAUCACGUAGUGCCGAUAUUUCAAAUGAGGAAAUGAAUAUGACAACUUCUUCAUCAUGGAAUGAGGAUCAUGUUAUACCCUUGAAGGAGUUUAGUCAAUUAAUGGAGGAUUUGUACAAUACCCAGCAGCGAAUUCAUGAACUCGAAGUGGAGAAGCAUAUUAGACUCUUCAAUCUAACUGAUGCCUCGACGAAUACGUCAGCUGACAUUGAGGUCAUAAGUAGCUCUGCACUCAAUAAGUUCCAGGAGAAGAUUAAACAUCUGGAGUCAGUUAUAACUACCCUCACAAAUGUAUCAAGGCACGAUGUAUCUACUUGUUCAGCUGACUUGGACUAUAAAAUUCUUUCUAGGCAGGAGUAUAAAGUCAUGAAGCACGAACUUGAGACUAUUCGAUCAAGGAAGUAUAAUAAUGCGACGACUUUGACAACUCUGCAAGGUGACGUUUCUCCCAUUUCUGAAGUCGAAAGCCUUAACAAAAAGAUCGAGGAUUUGCAGAAAGAAUUGCGAGACCUUACAAACACUCCUCAAAACUGUGAUAUGCCUGCGGAUUCCAUAGAUUUUGACUAUGCCUUCUUUGACAUAUCAACUAAUCAAGCCAUUGCCCAUGACUUUUCCAGACCCACUGAUGCUAAACGGUAUGUUGAAUCGGCUACCCUAACGGAUGCAGAAUUGGAAUUUAUUCCAAGAUCUGAGUUGGAAGCACUGAGAAGUGACUUGCAUUGCCUGAAAUCUCAGCUGGAAACUUACACGAAGAUUGAAACACGUGAGGUUGCAACAUGCUCUACAGAUCUUCACUUUAAAACUGUUGGUUGUAUAGAUCAUAGUCAGAUUACCGAUGAGAUGAAUUCCAUGAGAGAUCGCCUUAGUAUUGGCUCUAAGAAAUGCAUUGAUUCUACUACUUCAGCUGAUAAUGCAUUGGAAGUUUCACAUAAGUCCGAGCCAUUUGACAUAAAGGAACAAUUCCAAAUCCUUGAACCUUCCACAAAUGUUAGCAAAUGUGAGGUAGGCACUUCUUCAUGUGACCUUGGCUAUGAGGUUCUUUCCAAAUCUAUUUACGAAUCAAUGAGUACUCGAUUAGCAUUAAUUGAUGCCAAGAGAUUCACUGAUUCUGCUACUCAAUCUCAGGAAGGAUUUAUGGUGGUUCCAGUUUCAGAACUCUCUAAGUUGGAGGUGCAAGCUCAGGCUCUCUACGCUCUAAUGAAUAUAAGGAAACGCGAUUCCUCAACUUGUACAACUGAUCUCGACCUUGAAGUUAUUCCAAGAACUGAAUUAGAAAAAAUUUCCUCGGACUUGGAAGCAGCAAGUUCUCGACUUGCUUGCAUUGAUGCCAAGAAGUUCAUAAACGCUUCAAUAAUGACUGAAGAGCAUGUAGAAGUUCUUCCUCAAGCAGAAUUCAAGGCAAUGAUGGAACGAAUGCAGCAUACAGAUUCUCAAUUGAGAACCCUUUAUGAGGUCGUUAAAAUGGAACCCUUUGAGCAGGAUUCGGGUUCCCAACCUACCAGAAUUAUCGAAAAUGUCAUUCAAAUGCGAAAAAGACUAGCGGAUUUUGAAAGUCGAGUUUUUGUGGAUGCCUCUACAGAAAUUAAUGACUACGACCUUGGUGUGACUGUUCUUUCUACAAACUUCUUCAACGAACUUUAUCAGAGGCAAUACCGACUCAGAGAGAAGCUAAAAUGUCUCAAACCGAAGGUGUCAAAAGAUGAUACAAGUGCACUCACAGAGGAGUCUAGUGAUUGUGAUUUUGAAACCCUACUUGGUAGAAUUGAUGAUUUGAAAGCCGUCGUGGAAAAAUGCCAGGCUACUGUAGACGAUGUUGAGAAAAGUUUGGUUGUAGAAGAUAAGUCAAAGCAGGAACAGGCUACUGUAUCUGAACAGGCUCUAACUGAUAACGAAAUCACCUCUGAUACAACAACAAGUCGCUUUUUAGGAUAUGUACCAAAGCGAAUGGAUGACUACGUGUUGAAUAGGGUGAAAUACUUUGAGAACCUGCAGGCGUGUGGAGAUAGCACUAUUCUCUCAAGAACUUUGAAACGGUUCCGAUUAGAGGAAAUUGAUGAUAAUAAGGAGAAUGAACAUCCAGGAAAGAGGCACAAGUCAACUCAAACGAAACUUGAGAGAAUGAAGUCGACAAGACUUGAGGAUGAGGUGGAACUCUUGCAAUACCGUAUGAGCUUACAAUCGUGGAAUUUGCAAUAUUUAGAAAAGGAAAAUAAGCAGCUUACGUUGGAUUGUAAAUCACUAGCUGAUUUGCUUACAAAGCUUAUUCAAGCCCAUCGAACAGCUCCAUCCUCUUAUGUAAUCUCGAUCCUUGACGAUGUUAAGAAGACCCUGAAUCAAGUGAAUAGUUAUGCGGCUUGGAGAGUCAAACUGGUCUAUUUUCGUCGCUCUGAAAUCAGUUUAUUGUGGUUAUUAACAAUGGAAAUAAGUGCCCGUUCAGUAAAGCUUUCAAUACAAGAGUCAGAUAUUUUGAAAUUGAUUUUGGAAUUUCUUGAGAAACGGGAUUUUGCCUACACACAAGUUGCCCUUGAACGGGAGUCUGGGGUCGUUAAUGGAUGUUUUGGAGAAGAUAUAUUAUUUUUUCGUCAACUCAUUCUUCAAGGACAUUGGGAUGAUGCACUGGAUUAUUUGAAGCCUCUUAAAGAUCCACAUUUACAAAUUGACCUCAAACCUGCUCGAUUUAUCAUUCUCAAGCAGAAAUUCUUGGAAUUACUUUGUCUUCGAGAGGGUUUAUUUUACGAUAAUUCGGGUACCUUGCGAGAUCAUGGUGAUGAAUCUGUUAUCGACCAGGUUUUAUCAUGUUUAAACGAACUGGAACCGGAAUGUCCCACUCAAGCGGAAUAUAAUUCUCUCGCUCUACUUCUUACCCUCCCACAACUUGAUCGACACCCGGAAUAUCGAGAUUGGAAUCCCAGUCUUGGACGCCUAAGGUGUUUCAAACAGCUCUACACUAUACUAACACCACUGAUCCAACAAUUGAAUCUCACCAAUCCUUGUGGUACUCUGGGUCAAGCUAAAGGUGAUCGUCUUCUCCAGUUGUUGAUCAAAGGCAUACUCUAUGAGGCAUGUGAGGAUUUUUGUGCUGCCAUGGCUACCGAAAAUAAUGCUCAGAUGCAUUUACAUGGACUUAUUGAUGGUAAGGCUUUUCUAAUAACUACUUUUGGUGGUCUCCAUUGA